ACUGCUACCUUGCUUAUUAAAUAAUUAGAUUACUGUUUUUAUAUUGUUAUUGUUGGCCAUGUAAUAAUAUAAUACAGGAUUGCUUUACACUAAACGUUCUAUUUGCUAGACAAAUACUAAAGUUGAGUGUAAGCUUUAAAUAAUUCUAUGUGAAUCAUGUUCGAAUCUUUGAUUCGAAUCCCCAAAGUUUAAACAUGAUUUAAACCAAAGAGCUGAUUCUUACAUAGUGGUGGAGAAUGCGGGCAAGCAGAUCUAACUUUUAAAGCACAAAACCCAGAAAUCACGUUGUUAAUCUUUUCUAUUUUUGUCCGGAAAGAAUAGAUUAGAGGGAACAAAAGUUUUGCUACUGCACAAUUUCAUUGUGGUACCAUUUGUUUUAUUGCUUGACUACAUUUAGUGUUGUUAAGAAAGUAAAACGUCAUUUAAGUUGUCCGCCGAGACACACUGUAAGCCGCUCUAAAGCGCAUGUAGAGAAAGACAAAGCGUAUUCCUUUGUGCUUAUCUCAUAACGUUAUAUAAGGCCUUCACAGUAUGAUUUCGUACGCCGCGAUUCCCGGAUGGAAACUCAGCUGUGUUUUCUCCUGGUAACUGAUUUAGCAUAGCUAACUAAAUUCUUGUUGCCCUGUAAUUUGCUAAUACUUAGUAAAUUAUUUAAAACGCGGAGCUCAGAGAGAGCUGCCUAGCGUAGUUUAUAGGAGAAGUUUUGAAAUUGAUCAAUUGAAAUUGUGGUUUGAAUCCACGGAUGUGUUUGCAGUCUAAACAGACUUAACACAGAGUGCUGAGAUCCCCCAUAUCUCUGUCACGAUUUGUAUUAAUCUCAGAAAUCCUGUUGAUUAAUUUUGUCUCACUUUCAUAAGUUGAGAAUCAUUCAGUACUGUUAAGAUAUAAAAUCUAACUAGUGCUUUUUGCUUGAACAGUGUGAGAUGCGCCGCCAUCUCAAGUGAUACUGUGAAAUUUGCUAUUAUUCCACUUUGUGGUCGUUGCCAUAGCAGCAACCUUGGUCCGGAAGUACAGAGAGACUUGCCGGAAUUACAUUCAAGCGCGCAUGUGCAGUCCGCCAGCGCCAGCUUGAAUUGUAAACAAUGAGCAUAGCGUGAAGCUAAGCUAAACUAACGCUAACGCGUUUGCAUUGAAGUCUAUGCAUUUCCAGUAGCAGCGAAGGCUAAUAGAUAGCACGUAGCAUUUAGUGGUCUUGAAUGCAUUGUAUGGCUGAUGUUUGAAAUAACUCUUGCAUCUCAGUUGUUUCUCUUUACUCACCUUGGAAAAGUUGACAAACGCAAAGUUAAUCAAAGUGUGCACAAUCUAACUGCUGAGUUUAAUCACUACUGUUUAUUUUAUUUUUGUUUUUCCUGCUGUACCUGGCCUGUUGAAUUUAAUCAGUUUGAACUCACAUAAGCUGUUGGUUUUAUUAGUGAUGAAUUAUAGUUUUGUUUUCAUGAAUAUAAAUUAAUGCUCUCUGACCUGUACAAGUAUAAAUUCUUUUUCCAUUUAUCAACAUCUAGGAACACCCAUUUCCUAUAACUGUUGAUUUAAACGGAUAAGACUCCUUGAUUAAAUUGAUUAUGAUUGUUUAAUUUGAUGAUAAACUGCAUUAAAUGUUACUUUAACCAACCUCAUUGUUUUGAAAUUUUAAUUUCAUUAAUGGUUCAUUGAUGUAUGGUAUCAUUUUAAUAACAAUUAAUAAUUAAAUUUAGUCAUAAGUGUCUUAUCAAUCUAAAUGAUAACUUAUAAAAGUUAUUACCACGUUACAGAUUUAAAGUUAAGUUCAAUUCAAAAUUGAAUUUAGUCUAUUGAAUUUAGUUUAUUUUAAGCCUGCUUACAGACAGUGCUCCCCCUGCUGCUUCAUUGAUGCAAUUGGACAGUCCAGCCCAGUGAGCUGUAAUGGUACCAACCUAAGCCAUCAUUGAGCCUAGUAUUAGAACAGUAGCCCUCCAACUAGCCAACUUCAAAAGGAAAAUUCUGAUUUUUCUACUACGUAGGCUAAGUAGUUACUAUAUAACACAAUAAAACCAACACUUCUUGUAGUGUCAACUCGACAGCGCCACCGCUUUGACAUCCUUAUUUACACCUAAUGCUAAGAUAAAACUAACUCCUUUGUUAUCUCUUUCAACUAACUAUCUUCUUUUUACUGUACUAUUGAUGCUGGUCUAAGGAUUGUGCUUGUGAGAGUCAAAAAGCAGAGAAUUUCAGAAACAUUUAAUAGAUGUUUGGGACACUUGAACACUUUUAAUUGUUAAAAUUUUCUGAUCUCACCCCUCCUUUCUCACUCAUCAGGUCACCAAGAAGAUAGGCGUCGUUAGAUCCAAUUCUAAACACGCAUCCAGAAACAAUUUAUUUGGUGUACGGAGUCAAUCCUAUUCAGAAGCCAAUACUGUUAUUGUUGUCCUACUUUCUGUCACUUCAGAAGAAAGUUAAUAGCAACUUCAGUCCUGGUAUUUAGAAAUCUUAUUUUUAUAUUUAACAAAAGCUAAAGGAACUCUCUCUAGGAAAGUGGAAACUACAGAUUUUCACCCUACUCCUUAGUCUCCUUAACACUUUUGUUCUCUUUGUUCUCUCACUGUGUCUGUGCUACUGACUCUUUCCACAGAGACUACCAGUUAGACACGCGUACCCACCAGAGGGCCACAGUUCCAGAGAACCACACAUCACUCAACAUUAGAACACACUUAACAUUGCACAUUAACAUUUCUCCUUGUCUAUUUGCUUUGUUCUACCUUGUUUUUUCUGUCUCCUCUCUAUUUCUCUUCAAGGUCUGUGUCAGUUAAAUCCUAAGUCCUCCCCUCGCCGCAAAACAUGGCUCACUCCAAAGAUCCUGUUGGCCACUGGAAGGACCUGGAAACAUGGCUGAGCGUUGUAACAGGCAGUCUCCUCCCUAAAGCUGUCGAAACACUGCAGCCCCUGACGCAAAACCAACUGGAUGAGAACAUAGACAGCAUCAUGAAGCAAGACCCAAGUCAAAGCUUCAACCACAAGGAGCUGGCCAAAAUCACUGGUACUCUGAGCCACACACUCAUAGCCACCCUCAAAUUGAGUGACAGACACGCCUCCCAACUCCAACACAAGCUGACACGCUUGCAAGCCCGCACCGAGCAGCUAGAGCUAGAGGCUCAGGAACGUCUUCAACAACCAAAUGAGGUGGAUGAAGGUACCACAGAGGAGAUCGACAAACUACAAGAAGCCCUAACAGCCGUCACAGAAGAAAGAGAACAAGCCAGAGCAGACCACGCUGACGUCGCUAACAAGCUAGAUUAUGCUGAACAGCUACUGAAGGAAGCGAAGGUGGACUUAAGAGACAAGAAGGCCAGAAUCAAAGCCCUUGAAACUCACCUGAGCGAAGCAAGACAUGAGAUCGACAGACUAAUGCAGGAAGUGGAUGACAUCAAAGAGGAGUCCGCCAGUGAACUCAGGCAUGCCUAUGCACUGCGCUAUGAACCUCCAAAGACAAGAUGUGCACCAGCCUCGCCCCUGCCAAGCAGGACAGGAUCCCCUGUCCCUGAGCUCUCACCUAUUGAAAGAGGUGAGAAACCAUGCCGAAGAUCUUCGCCAACACCUUCUGAAGAGUCUUACCUUAUCCCACAGCGACGAGAGCCUGUGAUAGCCAGUCACAGAUCGUCAUACAGUCUGGACCUUAAAGACCUUGACAAGCUGGCCAGAAACAUUGGCAAGUUUACUCCAAGUGUGUCAGGUGGUUUGGAGGUCCACGCUUAUUUGCAAGACAUUGAUUUCCAUCUGGAAAUGAGACCUAAUGUCUCUAAUAAAGAAAGACUGUAUUUGCUUCGAGCCACAUCCAGCACUGAGGUGCGCAGCUUCCUGGACCGACAACCGGCUCGGGUAAAGAAUAAUUAUCGCUUGCUCCAAGAAGCCUUCAUCAGAGAGUUUGCAAACCCUGAAUCAGAUCAAGGACUUUUAGGUGCUCUGGAGACAAAACAAGCUCGCUAUGAGUCCCCACAUGCUUACUACAACCGACUCAGGCAAGCCUUUUUCGGAACUCGCAACGAACCGAAUAUGGAAGACCCGAACUUUAAGAUUCUCUUCCUGAGAAACCUCCAUCCUGCAGUAAGCCAACAUCUCGGAGUACUCGCAUGCCCACGAACAAUGAGCCUCCAACAAUUGCGAGAUUUGACACAGAAAGCCCACGACAAACAAAAGAUGGUGUUAGAGAAAAACACUAAAACUGCCACAGUUUUUGACUUUAACGCCCAUCCAGAACUGGCACUAGAGGGUGCCCAACGCCCAAACAGCGUGAGACCACUAUCCCCAGCGUGGAAUGCGUCUCCGUCCAAUAGACAACGGAACUCCUACGAUGACACAAGACCUAAACAAAGGAACAGUCACUGGGAUGGACCGCGUGGACAACGACGCUCACCUGAACACCACCGGGAAAGAAACCAAUGGGGGUCAAACAAAAGCUGGUCACCAUCUAAGGGAAGACAUCAAAACCCUGGAUCAUCAAGUCCAAGGAGUCAACGAAGGUACUCCAAAAACUUCCACCCUGACAACGCUCAGACUCAAUACCAGCAAGAGGAAAAUGCCCCACCGGGAUUUAACCCUCAAGAACUGGUGAAAUUGAUGAUGAAAGAGUUUCUCAAAUGCAUAGAGGAGGACAGGAAACGGGAAAAGGAAAAAGCAGAUUCAGCCUGACUAGUCGCUGAGCGGAGAAGCAACAACCACCUGAACCAACAAACACUUGCAGGUGAAAGCCCUCAGGUUUCCAAAAGUGCCGUUCUGGUCGUCUGCCACUCCUCCGACAAACCUCAGUUCAGUCCUGAAACCCUUCCUGACCCAUGCCAAACUCCGGUACCUCCAUUACUGGAUGAACAUUUGACAGCUCCAUCAUCAUUGAACAACAAAUGGGGGAGGACCACAACUUGACACAGAUCAACUGUUCUACCCUCUUCACACUAACAUAACCUUUGACAUUCUAGGGAAACACCUAGUUAAACAUAACACUAAUACUUUCUCCUCUACAGCACUGCUAGAACAACCUCUAGUAAGAGAGGAGCCACUCCACAUAUGCAACACUGUUAUUGCUGGUUUUUAACCUACCUUGUUUUUUGCAUCCCUGUGCCUCUUGAUUUCCUUCUUUCUCUCUCUCUCCCUAACUGAUUUGCAGUUCCAGUCCCCUCUACAGGGAACUCCUGCAAAUUCAUGCAUAGGGCCUAAAAGUAGGAUUGACUCCUUCUCCCAAAUUAGUGUCAAUUGCUGCAGAAUUAUUGCUUAUUUAAGUUGAAGCUAGCGCCACUCCAUACUUGCAAAGAAGUAAACUAGCUAAAUAACUAAAUUUGAAUUAUUUCAGGCAAUGUUACACUACACCUUGUGUUCCUAACACGAACAAUUUAAGCUAAAACCUGCACCAGAACUCAGUCUAUGGAAUGGAAAUGUGGUUUGUGUCUUGUGUGUCUGUUCUCUCUCUAUCUAUGCCUCUUGUUCCAGUGUCUGCCGAUGUUUAUGCCAGGAACAUCACCAUCCAAAUGGGGGAUGUGGGGAGUCAACGGAUCGUUCCAGAACCGAACAAGCCACAGACCAUGUUAUCCUUAAAAGAUUGGUUGGUGCCUAAAUGUCUGAGCUUUGAUUUCAUUUUCAAAGCAAUCCACAGGA